UCUAGGAAACCAGCAAUAUGCACAAAGCAGGGUCAUCAGAAACCUCUCGAUUCAAAAGAUGAUAAUACUGAAAAACACUGCCCAGUGACAGUGAAUCCUUGGCAUAUGAAGAAAGCUUUUAAAGUCAUGAAUGAAUUAAGAAGUCAAAAUUUGCUGUGCGAUGUCACAAUUGUGGCAGAAGACAUGGAAAUCUCUGCACAUAGAGUGGUACUGGCUGCCUGUAGUCCUUACUUUCACGCCAUGUUUACAGGUGAGAUGAGUGAGAGCCGUGCAAAGAGAGUUAGAAUAAAAGAGGUAGAUGGCUGGACCCUGAGGAUGCUAAUUGAUUAUGUUUACACCGCAGAAAUUCAGGUUACAGAAGAAAAUGUACAGGUACUUCUCCCAGCAGCUGGUCUGUUGCAGUUACAGGAUGUGAAGAAGACUUGUUGUGAAUUUUUGGAAACUCAGCUUCACCCUGUCAACUGCUUAGGAAUUCGGGCUUUCGCUGAUGUGCAUGCAUGCACAGACCUUCUGACCAAGGCCAACACCUAUGCAGAGCAACAUUUUUCAGAUGUCGUGCUUAGUGAAGAAUUUCUCAAUCUUGGCAUUGAACAAGUGUGCAGCUUAAUUUCAAGUGAUAAGCUGACUAUUUCCUCAGAAGAAAAGGUAUUUGAAGCAGUAAUAGCUUGGGUGAACCAUGACAAGGAUAUAAGACAAGAAUUUAUGGCUCGACUGAUGGAACAUGUACGGUUACCUCUGCUUCCUCGGGAAUACUUAGUUCAGAGAGUAGAAGAGGAAGCAUUGGUUAAGAACAGCAGUGCUUGCAAAGAUUACCUCAUUGAAGCUAUGAAGUAUCAUUUGCUGCCAACAGAGCAGCGUAUAUUGAUGAAGAGUGUCCGAACUCGACUGAGGACCCCGAUGAACCUGCCCAAAUUGAUGGUGGUGGUUGGGGGCCAGGCACCCAAGGCUAUCCGGAGUGUGGAGUGCUACGACUUUAAGGAAGAACGCUGGCACCAGGUCGCAGAACUGCCUUCCAGGAGAUGUAGGGCAGGGAUGGUCUACAUGGCUGGGCUCGUUUUUGCUGUUGGUGGCUUUAACGGCUCUCUAAGAGUGCGUACAGUGGACUCCUACGACCCCGUGAAAGAUCAGUGGACUAGCGUGGCUAACAUGCGAGACCGCAGGAGCACCUUGGGGGCGGCUGUGUUAAAUGGAUUGUUAUAUGCUGUGGGAGGAUUCGAUGGGAGCACAGGUUUAUCGUCAGUGGAAGCAUAUAACAUAAAGUCCAAUGAAUGGUUUCAUGUGGCCCCCAUGAACACGAGGAGGAGCAGUGUUGGGGUUGGUGUCGUGGGAGGCUUGCUCUAUGCUGUGGGGGGUUAUGACGGCGCCUCCCGCCAGUGUCUCAGCACAGUGGAGUGCUACAAUGCUGCGGCCAACGAGUGGAGCUACAUAGCGGAGAUGAGCACCCGCAGGAGCGGAGCAGGUGUUGGUGUGUUAAACAACUUACUGUAUGCUGUAGGGGGUCACGAUGGCCCUUUAGUACGAAAAAGUGUUGAAGUGUAUGACCCCGCCACCAAUUCAUGGAGACAGGCUGCUGAUAUGAACAUGUGCAGAAGAAAUGCAGGAGUUUGUGCAGUCAAUGGUCUGUUAUAUGUAGUUGGUGGAGAUGAUGGUUCCUGUAACUUGGCAUCAGUAGAAUAUUAUAACCCAACAACUGAUAAAUGGACAGUAGUGUCAUCUUGUAUGAGCACAGGGAGAAGUUAUGCAGGGGUCACAGUUAUCGAUAAACCUUUAUGAGCCUGUGAGACAUCUCGGCUAUUUAUAAGUGAGAAACAGGCUUCCACAAGCAUUUCUGAAGCAGUAAGAAUCAAGCACUUCUCCACUUGUAGCUGCACUUUAAGUCUCAGCAGAACAUAAGAUCGUCUGCCUUUAUAGGCCUCAGAUACUGAAGAUUAUUUUUGGUAGAAGCACCGUGUAAGCUUUUCUGCAAUGAGCAGCAGCUGACUGAAUUUUAAUGAGAAACCCAACUGCAGCACUUACUCUGCAGUCUUUAGACAACAGUUGCUUUCAUAAAAACUACUUCUUAUCAGCCUAGAAUGACUAUGGGUUAUUUCAUGGAGGGGAAGAUAAAGUAAUGUGUGUUCUUGUAAAAUUAAAUUUUAUCUUUAUUCUUUCUCCUGAAAAUCUGUAUACACAGGAACUGAAAAAUCUCUGAACAGGUAUUGAAAUCUAUGUAAAUAUAAAACUAGUUGAGGGAUAAAACUGUCUGCUUUUAUAAAAUAUCUUUGAUUACAUGAGUAUAAUAAAUUGUGUGCAUAUAAAUGUGUCUAUAUGCUUUCCUUUAAAUAUGUUUGAAAAGAUGUUUGAAACUUGAUUAUACUAUUUAUAAUUGGCACAGUACUUUGAAUUAUGCCAGUACUACAUUGUAAAACAGAGUUGUAUUUUUUGAUAUUUAACAAUGCUUAACACUUCUUUAAAAUGCCACUUCUGAGGAAUGAAUAUGGUGUGACACACUUGAAUAUGUGUGAUGCCAAACUUUUUUAAAUAAAAUAUAAAUUAUGCUUAUUUAUUAUUUUCUUUAGUUUAAUCUUGGUCAUGUUUUGGUGUGUAUUUUAAAUUUCAUUCUUAAAGUAACACUUUGGCAUGAACAUUACUGCAGGUUUUUGAUGAAUAUAAUGAAUGUAUGAAAUUCAAUUGAAUUUGCAUGGUCUUAAGAAUUUUUUCUGUGUGUAUAAAUUUAGCUGCCAUUAACAGAAGAGAGAAUUUUCUGUGAGUAGCCAAGUGCAUUGAUGAGAUACAAUUUUUGAGAUCUUCAAUUAAUCUCACUUUAAAAUGACCAAAACAUGUCUUUCUUGAAUUAUCUUUGAAUAAAAGUUUGUAUAUUAUUUGUUUCACAUUGUCCUUGAUUUUUAUAUGGUUUGUUUGAUAUUAAGUUUGCAUGUUCUAAUCUAUUUGUAAACUUGCAUUUUCUGAUUUUAAAAUAGUAUUUUUUAGUUUGUUGUGAAAUAAAAGAUAAGGCAAGUAUGUUAAAUCAGUAACUGAAGUCAUUAAAGGAUGUUUUUUAAAAAGUUAUCUCAAUCCUGAUGGGGAAAGUCUCCCAAGGUUGGUGAAAUUUGUAAUUUUGUCUGUCCCCAGUAUGGGCAGAACACAAGAUAAAGCUAAAACAAAUAGCACUGGACCAAAGAGAGAACCAAAGGGAAAAUAUCUACUCUGUAACAACAGAGAAAUAAAUUUGUGACUUUGGUACCAAAUAAAAGGAAUUGAGGAUUGGGAGUGAGGGCGAGCACAGAGAUGGUGGACUCAGCGGAGGAGGAAAGGAAGGUGUGGUGAUAAGCCAUGGCAGCUGUUUCUUGAGAGAGAAAUUUGAAGGUUAGCAUGUAAGAAGACUAUCCAGAACAGACAGUAAUCAAGGAAAGAGAUAUACCUAAAGAUAAAAGGCCAUAGAAAUCAUAUUCAGCAUUUAGUUGAAACUUUUACUGUAAGUACUGCAAUAUUAAGUACUUUCACUGCAAUAUUAAAAAUAUAAUCAAAAAGUAAAAACCCAGGCUCACCUUAUUAACACAUGGAUUCUGCAUUAUGUUGGCGCCAGGAACCUCCAUCAUUAACAACCAAACCAAGGUCUAAUGAACUGGGAACAGGUUAGCUGUUCCUGACACUGGUGGCACCAAGAAAGAGGAGUGUCAUGUCCCCUGUGACUUCCAGACAUCUCCACAUCCUCAUGAAACUUUCCAUGAAUCUAUCCAUUAAGGAUUUAUCUAAAAAUGUAUUGAGCUUUCCUUAAAAUAAUUUCCGUCUGUGAGGAUAGCAAAGUCUUAAAUACUUAGCAUGUCAAAUACCUCCAUCGUCACUUUAAACUAUUGGCUUUAUCACAGUAGACGGCCAAGGUUAGACAGUGACUGGGUUGUUCUAUAGCUAUACAAAAAAUAAUAAUAGAACCAGGAGUUAAGGCAGAGAGCCUUUUAAGGAAUCCAGCCCGGAACAGCUCCAGAUUUGAGCUGUGUUCAGAGCUGGCUGCCCCGUUGGGGUCUCCACCUUAGCUGGGAGCUGUGGUGGGGGAGGUUAUGGUGGAUGGCAUGUGUACUGCAGAAAACUUCCAGUUUCCUUUGAGAUUUAGCAAUUCUUGAUAUCCUUUACGGCAUUAGAACCCAAGUGUUUAAAAUCUCAGUGGCCGCCGAGUUACGAAACUUACUGUGCUACAUACAGGGGUAGCAUAAUAUAUGUAUGACACAGCAGAGCACUAAAUGUGCGAUUUUAGUUUUGGACCUGAACAGAUGGCUCCUACUGACUUGAUGGGUAGGCAGGGGAGAUGGCUGAUUAUUCAACGCCUCAGUUUUGAAAGUGGGUGAUUUAGGAGAGUAGACUCACACUUUGGAUUAAGAUUCCAGGCUUUUAACCCAGGUUUCCUGAUUGUAAGGAAAAGAGUUAAGUGGUAUGUGGCUAGUUCAGAGACACAGGAAUCAGAAGGCACUGAGCUUUGAUCUCCCUGUUAAUUGUUAGCUGUGACUUGAAACACUUAACCUCUGGCCUAAUUCUGUCUUCUCUAAAAUCACCACUGUAGUGUCUAUGUCAUCAGGUUAUCAUGAGCUUUGAAAGAAAUGAUGUAUGUUAAUGUGCUUGAAAUACAGAAGACCCUCAAUAAAUUGCUGCUAUUGUUGCUGU